CAUGAGAGGACAUCAUCAUAUCAUACACUCCAAAUUUAUUGGCACGAUCUCUCAAUCAUAAACUUCACUGAAAACAAUUAUGAUCAAACAAACUUGAAAUUGGUAUAAGAUACAAGAAUUUUGUGAUUUCGUUGUUGUUUUUCAUGACUACACUUUUGAGUACAUUCAACUACACUUCUGGUGCAUUGAACCUGUUGGGCAUGUGACUCGGAUCAUGCUGCGCCAAGGAAGCACUCCGGUCCCACAACCAGGAGAGUAGGGCGCGCUAGCGCCAGUAAAGCGCGACAGUGCCAUCAACGCCAGGAUCGGGCGCGCUAGCACCAGUGAAGCGCGGCAGUGCUAUCAACGCGAAGAUCGGGCGUGCUAGCACCGGCGAAGCGCGACAACUCCACCACCAAGAGCGUCACGCGCACCAGCACCGACGCGACCAAAGACAGCCCGAGCACCGAACGACGACGUUCGAGUCCAGCGUUGACCAAGUUAGCGAGUGUGGGAAAACGAUGCCGCGUCUCACCCAUCGAGUGGUCACAUCACAGUCCUAGUCCUAGUCCUAGGUAUAAUAAAAGGCUAAAUGUACUUGUCCUAGGUAGAGUCAUUGUCUAGAAUUCUGACAUGUCAGUGGUCAUGUCACCAUGUAACUCACCCACCACCGUGUAGCCUAUAAAUAGAGCAUUUACUCCGGUGGGUGAGGGGAUCGGAUUUUUGGAAACUCUCUCUCUAAUAAAAGAACAUACUUCUCUCUACAAAUUACUCUCUGAUCUCCCUCUCUUCCCUCUUUCUUUCUGAAGCCCCCGUUCGGUUCCUGUUACACAUUCUCCUCGACCCCUUUUUACCUGAAUCUCACUCCUACACUCAGUUAGCUUCAAACAAUUGGCGCCUCACCGUGGGGCUGAGUAGAAAAAGUAACAGAAAUCCAACCAAUGGCAGAACCCAACUCCAACUUUCCCGACGAGGUGACACCCAUCAAGGCUAUGACAACCCCGAGGGCGUUCGCCGAAGGCAGCAACCUUAACGCGGUGCUCGUUGAGGAAGAAGAGCCCGAGCUGACAGCCAAGGAAAUGAAGCAGCUGGUGGCGAAGCAAAACAGCGUCAUAGCCGACAUGCAAAAAUAGAUGAGCCAAGUCCUCGCGCUCGUGGCCUAUCAUCCUCAAACCAGUGGCCAGGCCGAGCUGACGAACCGGGAGCUCAAGCGGAUCUUGGAGAAGACGGUGAACCUAUCCCUCAAGGAUUGGUCCACUAAGCUCGAUGAUGCUCUGUGGGCAUAUCGCACUGCCUACAAGACGCCCAUUGGUACCUCACCGUACCGGCUUGUCUAUGGAAAGGCAUGCCAUUUGCCCGUGGAGCUAGAGCACAAGGCCUUCUGGGCCCUUAAGCUGCUAAACUUGGAUGUUAGUGUUGCAGGAGAUGAGCGAAAAAUGCAGAUGUUGGAGCUGGAAGAGUGGCGUUAUCACGCCUAUGAGAACACCAAGUUGUACAAGGAGCGCAUGAAGCGCCUCCACGAUGCACGGUUGCGGGGUCCGAAAGAGUUCCAGGUUGGUAAUCGAGUUCUCCUUUAUAACUCUCGCCUGAAACUCUUUCCCGGAAAACUCCGUUCCCGGUGGUCUGGACCGUACACGGUCACUCAGGUGUUCCCGUAUGGCACGAUUGAGAUUGCUAACCCGCAAACUGAGUCGUUUAAAGUGAAUGGCCAUCGUCUCAAGCUCUACCUGGGAGACGAGGUCGAACGUGCGGAGUUAGCAGUGGAGCUCGCGGACCCUUAGUUCCGCAAUUGGCGUCCAGCUAAAAGACGGUAAAGAAGCGCUUGUGGGGAGGCAACCCCACCACGGUUUGCAUUUCUACCUUUGUUUUUUAUUUAUUUAUUUCAACUUUGUCGGUUUUUGAGUCUUUGAGUCAGUUUGGAGUCAGUCUGGAAAGUUUUUCGUGCCUCGGGCGGUUCGUUUUGAUGUGUGAUUGGUUAAAUUUUAGAGCCGGGACACGAAUGAAUCAUGGUGGUUUGAGAUUGAAAAUUGAAAAAAUUGCAUUUCAGGCUCGGCAUAAAAAACACGAGCAGCAGGGGGACAAAACACGGCUGUGUUUCUCCCCGUGCCUGCCCGUGUUUUGCCUGUUGCUCUCGGCAUAAAAAACACGGGCACUGGGC